AUGGAACGUAAAAGACUUCGCAAUACAAAUCUUUUGGGCGAUGAAGAAGAACAAGCAGCUACCGAUGAGCCAGAAAUCAAAAAAUUCAAGAGUACUAGUACAAGUGUUCCAAGCUUCCUUCCUGCACCUUCUGAAUCUAACCCUACACAAAAUGUUACUCCAAACUCCGAUCAAAUAAGAGCUAUGAUUGCACAAAAAAAGGCACACUUAGAGGCAUUGCCUUCAACUACUGUAACGGGGAAAUCAGAUGAUUCAGCAAAAGCUAAAGGUGGUCUUAAAGUCGAAGCACAUCCAGCUCUUCUUUUAGAUCAAAGUGGCAAAUUGGAUUUAAAACAAGCAUCAACAUUAAUUCCAAAACCAAACUUUGCUACUGUCAAGGCAAAUCAACGUUUAGUUCCUGCAACAGUAAAACAAGAACCAAAAACUUUAAAAAACUCGGAAGACAUUAAUGACAUUACUCAAAAUCCUUAUUAUGACCCAAGAGCUGGUAACAUUGCACCACAAAGGCUUAACCGUAAAAGAUUUAAAUUUAUACCAAAGGGUAAAUAUGAAACUUUGGGAAAUCAAUUAAGGACACAGGUAUAUUUACUUAGUUAUUCAUUGCUUUACAUUUAA